CUUCCAAACUGCAAGGACUGUACUGCAUCAGAUUCAGCCUCAUCGAUCAUGAAUUCUUUCCAGGAGACUCAAUCUGAUUUGGAGGUGAUCCUAGAGUUCCUAGAGGAGUACUACAGACAACACACUGGAGGAAAUGUGGACAAGAUGUACUGCACUGCAGUUGUGCCUGUAGAUGAGAGAAGUGCACCUGUGGACGAAGGAUCAUGCGAGCAAAGCUGGACGUGCAGUGAUCCAGCUACCAUCAAACCUGCACUUCAGCCUUUGCUGGCACAUGAUGCACCGACAGCCCACAGCCAGAACACAACAACAACAUUGUCUGCGCGUGGGUCACUGCCAAACUUUUUAUCAACAAGACAACCAACCAAACACACAGUGGGGAGUGGUGGAAAGGUGCGCCUCUUUCACUUUCUGUUUGAGAUGCUGGAGGAUCCGAACAUGGCCCACUGUGUGUCCUGGGUGCCAGCAGCCGCCGGCGUCUUCCGCUUUUCUUCCACGAACAAGGACCAGGUGGCGGCGCUGUGGGGGCAGAGGAAGGGAAACAAGAGGCCCAUGACUUACCAGAAGAUGUCCCGAGCCCUCAGGAACUACGCCCGGUCAGGAGAGAUCUUCAAGGUGAAGAAGAAGCUCACCUACCAGUUCAGCCGAGAGACGCUGAUGCUGCUGCAGAAGUGUCAACGAGGAGAUUUGUAA